AUGCAAAGUUUCGAAAUUCUUGCCGAACUCGAUGAAAAUGUGCUGAAUUUGCUGAAAAUCCUGAAACUCAAACGAGAUGUAGUUUUUGAGAAUGAGGUGAAAGGAAUGGCGAGACGACGAAUUGUGAUGGGAUUUCAUGAAAUUUUGAAAUAUUUGAAAAGUGGCCGGAUUAAAGCGGUGAUUGUUGCGAGAAAUAUGAAUUGGCAGGAGGAAGCGAGAAGAGGUUGGUGAACAAUUUUUCUUAGAAUUGAACAAAAAAUAUAAAAAAUACAUUUUCAGGUCUGAAAAACAUGUGUGAUGUUGAAAAAAUCUGCGUUUCUCAAGGAAUCCCCCUAAUUUCCGCGUCCACCAAACGAAUCUUGGGAAGAAUUCUACAAAAACAUCCCUAUAUUUCUGCCAUUGGUAUUUUCGAUAUUUCUGGAUACGAAGAGGAAUUCCAGAAAAUUCUAAAUCUCUGGAAAAUCGAUGACGCCUUUAAAAUGUAUCAUUUAGACCAGAAUUCGAUGUUUGCCUAA